AUGGACAUGAUGGGCUCCUUCGGAGUGUACGGCGGUGACGUCGCCACCGCUGGCUUGUACAACGACGUGGCCAUGGCCAACCUUCCCCGUACCAUCGCCAUGAUGAACGGAGGCUUCAUGGGGAUGCCCUCCACGUGGGAGAGCGUGAACCACGCCAGCAAGAGAAGCCGGAUCGAUGCCGCUGACUCCGGCUCCGCGUCGUACUCCUCGUCGUCUGCUGCGUCUCACUCCGAGACCGAGUCGUCCUCCAGCGUCGACGAGAAGAAACUCAUGGACAGGGAGCGCAACCGCAGGCAGGCCCGCAAGUCUCGGAAGCUCAAGAAGCAGUGCGCGGACAAGAUGCAGCAGCAGCUCAACCAGCUCGAAAAGGAAUCGGCCGAGGCUGUGGCGAGGGAGAAGGAGGCCGCCAAGAAGCUCAAAGACUGUCGCACCGCUCGCUGCCAGGCGUUACGCAAGGUGUUCGACCUCCGCGCGGAUGGCUGCGCCGACGAGGCCUCGUGGCUGGAGGUGCUGUCGCCGGACCUCCGGAUGACCAUGCCGAUCACGCCGUACCGGUCCUUCAACCCCGCCGAUGUGGUCAACAACCGCCGCGUGUUGCUCGGCGUGGGCGGCAUGAUCUCCGACACCCAGAGCCUCUCCGUCCUGCUGGACAACAUCGGCGUCAAGACUCGCCGCAACGAGAGCCCCGUGUCGAUCAAGUUUACCCUGGCCUCGGACGCCGAGGAGGGGGGCGCGUUCUUCAGCCGGGACGGCCUGAUGUGCUCCUUCACCAUGCGCACGCUCGACGCCGUCAAGCAUGCGGCCAAGCGAGAGUGGGAGGUGAACGGCAUGGUGCGUGUGCGCUUCAGCAGCGACACCAACAAGAUCGAGGAGCUGGACAUGACGUUUGAUGCGAUCUCGUGCUACCAGCAACUGAUGCUGGCGAGCGGAAAGGAGGACUUCCCCCCGGUGCCGAACACCCUCGACAACGCCCUCAAGGACGAGACGACGCGCAUCGUUGUCACCACGGCUGCGCGGCCGUUCCGCAUCACUCACGUCAACAAGGCGUGGACCGAGCUGUGCGGCUUCGAGCUCGAGGAGUGCGAGGGAAAGAGCCUCUCCAUCCUGCAGGGUCCUGAGACGGACAUGACGCGCGUGGACAAGCUGUGCAAGCUUUCGCAGAAGGGCUACGCGACGUCGAUGGUGGUGACCAACCACAACAAAAAGGGGGAGCUGUUCCGCAACCACCUCCAGUGCUACCCGGUGUCGAGCGACGAGCCCGGCGAGAUCUCGCACAUCGUCGGCAUGCUCACGGCCAUCCCCUCUGAAAACAAGAACCCUUGCGCUUCCUCGACCCUGCCGGCGGUGGAAGCGUUCUAGGCAGGCGGCGAAAUUCCGUCCCGUAAGUCUUGGAGCCGGAAGAACAACAACAAGAAGUGGAAGGAGGCGUUUCUCGAAGUGCUGCCCGCGCAAGGCGAGAAGAGCAGCGGCGGCGGCGGCGGCGGGUAGGGAGUACACGCCGUCCGCGGUGUCGGUGCGCCCUACGCAACUAACUCCUUCUAUCACGGCGGGCUAUGCCGCUGGUCGCUCGUUUACAAAAAAAGGGGGGUUCCUUGCCUGGUUUGGUAUGGGUUUUGGGGUCGGGGUGCGUGUGUUGGGUGCUCUCUGCCAAUGAGUGCUGCGAGUGGGGACAGGAGAUAGAUAGAAGCGUCUCGUGCAGCGGUACCGAUGGGUUCCUCUCCUCUCGCCGGUAGCUAGAGAGAGAGAGAGAGAGAGAGAGAGAGAGAGAGAGAGCAGCACCGACAAACGGGCGGGAGAACAAUUGUGCUAUAUGGUUUUUCAUGUUCCUUAGGUUUACCUCGUGUUGAUGUUCAUAGAACCAGGGGGGGGGGAGUAUCUCGGCAUCUAGUCGCGGCGACGACAAGCGGCAAUCGAGGUGGGCGUGUACAGUUGUGCCUUCGGUGGAUUUGGUCGUUUGCACCGCCCGAAAAUACGAGUACUACACGUAGUUUCACCGCGACUUCGUCGCACCAUGUCGCGCUAGCGUCGGCCUGCCGAUGUUUUUACGGCGGGCGGGUAAAUCGACGCAAUGAGGGUGGGUAGGGCGUCAAUAUUAGAUCACAGAGCGUAGGGUGCCGAUGGGUGCGUGUUUGGUAAGUUGCCUUUUUCAAGCGCGGG